UCACCUGCCAAGCGAGGGUGGGGUGGGACGGGGGUGCGAGGUGCCGCCGCCGCCAGCCAGUCGGGAGCGCGCAGGCACCGGGUGACUGAGACCCCGGGUGAGAGCCGCCUACCUUCAGUCACCGCCCACGGCCGGGCCCCCACCAUGGCGCUUCUGCUGCGCUUCGUCCUCUUGUGUGGAGUCGCGGAUUUCACCAGAAGUUUGAGUAUCACUACUCCUGAUCAGAUGAUUGAAAAGGCCAAAGGGGAAACUGCUUAUUUGCCAUGCAAAUUUACCCUUAGUCCAGAAGACCAGGGACCACUGGACAUCGAGUGGCUGCUAUCACCAGCUGAUAAUCAGAAGGUGGAUCAAGUGAUUAUUUUAUAUUCUGGAGACAAAAUUUAUGAUGACUACUAUCAAGAUCUGAAAGGACGAGUACAUUUUACAAGUAGUGAUGUCAAAUCUGGUGAUGCAUCAAUAAAUGUAACAAAUUUACGUUUGUCGGAUAUUGGCACAUACCAGUGCAAAGUGAAAAAAGCUCCUGGUGUUGGAAAUAAGAAGAUUCAGCUGACAGUUCUUGUUAAGCCUUCAGGUAUAAGAUGUUACGUUGAUGGAUCAGAAGAAAUUGGAAAUGACUUUAAACUAAAAUGUGAACCUAAAGAAGGUUCACUUCCAUUAAAUUAUGAAUGGCAGAAAUUGUCCAACUCACAGAAACUGCCCACCUCAUGGUUAUCAGAAAUGAAUUCACCUGUUAUAUCUGUAAAAAAUGCCUCUACUGAGUACUCUGGAACCUACAGCUGUACCGUCACAAACAGAGUAGGCUCUGAUCAGUGCCAGCUACACCUGAAUGUUGUCCCACCUUCAAAUAGAGCUGGAACAAUUGCAGGAGCUAUCGUAGGAAUUUUGCUUGCUUUAGUGCUCAUUGGUCUUAUCGUCUUUUGCUGUCGUAAAAAGCGCAGAGAAGAAAAAUAUGAAAAGGAAGUUCAUCAUGAUAUCAGGGAAGAUGUGCCUCCUCCAAAGAGCCGUACGUCCACUGCCAGAAGCUACAUCGGCAGCAAUCACUCAUCCCUGGGCUCCAUGUCUCCUUCCAACAUGGAAGGAUAUUCCAAGACUCAGUAUAACCAAGUGCCAAGUGAAGACUUUGAACGUACUCCGCAGAGUCCGACUCUCCCACCUGCUAAGGUAGCUGCCCCUAAUCUAAGUAGGAUGGGAGCGGUGCCUGUGAUGAUUCCAGCACAGAGCAAGGACGGGUCUAUAGUAUAGAAGCUCCGUACUUUCAUCUGUGCUUUUCCAUGUUUCUUUUCUCCUCUUCAAAUAGGAAGACUGUUCUGUUCUAAAUUCUGCUACCAGCCUCAAAAUAUAUCAAGAAGUUAACCAGAAACUGAAAAUUAUACUUAAAAAGUUUUGUUUGGUUACUGAAAUAGUGAAGGCAUUGGAGUUACUAAAGACAGAUUCACCAACUGAAAAAAGAUUUCCUUUAAGAGAUUGAUUUGCUUUCUAAAUAUCAAUACUUAAGAUAUAGCACUUUGAAUAUGAAAUCCUGGUGAAGAAAUUGGUGAACUUACAUGCACCCUAAGUUGAUACUUGAAUCAUGUGAAAGUGGUACUCCCUAUUUUCUACCAUUAUUUUUAGGUUGCCUUUCUCAAUAAAUUUAUGAUCCGGUGUCCCCUCUAAAUUGGUAAAGAAACAUUCAUAGCAAAAAUACUUAUGACACAUCUAUGUCUGUUCUUUUUAUAGCUUCUUUGGAAGCUUAUUUAAAUAUGAGUUUGAGAUAUCUCUAAUAACAUAGAAAACACUAGGGUGUUCUAGAAAUUACUAGUUUUACUUCUGAAUCAUUCAUAAACCUUGUCUAUGAAAUGAUUUCUAACUAUUUAAUUGAUAGACUGCUAUAGGCAACAGGGACAUAGUAAGCUCUUUUAUAUGCUAAAAUAAAGGAGCAUAUCUCUGAUUCAUUUAGAAAAUUUGCUGCCAGCUACACACAGCAGUGAUAGUAGUUAGUGGUGCAGUAGUGAAUAUGGGUUUUGUUGAUUAGUGAUCUGAUGCCUUGAGGCCUAUGGCCGUCUUCAGAACAAUGACCAGUCAGAACAAGGAUGGAAUAUUUUGCAGUUCCCAACGAAAUACUAGCCCUUGAAGUGAUAUUUUUCUAAUAUGAAAAAUUAUGACUCAUUUAUUAUUUGACAGUUAUAGUUUGAAAUCCCCCAAUUACUGGUUCCAAUUUUAAAAACAUUUUUCCCUGGUUGGUUCAGUGUUUUGGGGGUGGGGUUGUGUUGGUGUUGCUUAGUAUAUGUUCUAGAAACAUGUAAUCCUAAAUUUACCCAUUUGAAUGCAAUUCCUGGAGGAUAUUUUCUUCAUAGACUCAGAAUGAUGAAAUAUGUUUUAGGUUAGUAGGUGUCCUCCAUCGAUUCUGUAUUUCAGACUUGGGAGGAUGUACAGCUGCUAUUGUAUGGCCAACACGUCUUUGUAUAGUUGCAGAAAAUCAAGAUGAGCUUUGAAAAGAGUGAGUCUUAGUUUUGUGAAAGUGAUUUAUUCUUUAAAAAAAAAAAAAAAAGAAAUGAAAAGGAGUAAAAGAUAUACUCCUAACUGCCAAAUGUGUUAAAUACUGUUGUAGUAGAAGAAAGUGAGUUUAUUGUAUUUCCCUUAAGAUUGUGAGGGAGUGUGGAUAUAGUAAAUGAGCCAACAGUUUCUUUAUAGUAAAUAAGGUUUGCAAUAAAUUAUUUCACUAGCUAUAAAACCUUUUCCCUAGAUUUUGGUAGGGAGUUGGUUUCUGUUGAUCUCUUUGGGUGCUGUGGUGGUAAAUGCUACAUUAUAAAUUAAUGUUCGUAUGAAUUUGAGAUUAGGCAGAGUAUUGUGUAUACUUUUUAAUGCUGAACUUAAGCUGAAUGUCUGUGUAAUGGAUUAGUGUAUAGUUUUAUAUAUUUGGAAGCAUUUUUUAGUAGGUUUUUAACCUUAUAUAAUAUUGCUUUUAUACUUGUGUUAACAUUUUCAUCUGUGCCUUUGGGUAAUUUUAAUUUUUAUUAUGAAUUUCUGGUGCCUAUGAGCUAGCUAUCACCUGAAAGGUGCUUAGAGGUGAAGGUACUAUUCCUAAAAACACAUCACUGUGACACCUUUCUCUUUUCAUACUUUUAGACUCUUGCCUCCUCUUCCCUGUUCUUUUUGGAUGCAGCUUAAAGAUUGUCAUUCAUAAAGAUUUUAAAAUUUCAACAUCCCCAGCACUCUGUGUUUAUGAUUUUAUAACAGUAGCUAUUUUUGAAUGCCAGAUGUUUGGCCUGUUUUAUAUGAUAAAAUUUAUAAGAUAGUGUAAGAAUAAAAGAUCACAAACUUGAAUAAUAAAAGCAUCAGGUCCUUCCCAGCCCGUUUUCGUACAGUGAAGAUUAUGUCGUCCAGUCAAAGUAGGAGCUGCUGUAGGAGGUGGACAUGCCCACCUCUCUAGUCCAGGAUUGAGCUCUCAGUAAUCACUCUCCCGGAAGUGCUUCCAGGUCCAUACCGCUUACAGCCUGAGAACAGAGCUUGUAAAAACAUCGCUUGUGUGAGGACAGAGUUCAGUUUUAGACUGACUUCUCCAGCUGUUCUCAUUGUAAAUUUCAGCUGAUCCAAAAGUCACAUCAGUCAGGUACUGAUAACUUCCCAAAUAAUUCUCUGUGAUAAUUCAGUUGAACUAGAAAAUUUGUUCUAGAAUAACUUAGCAAUCAUCAAGCAAUUCAACCAAAUCUGGUUAUUCAAGCAUUACCAUGAGAAAGCUGCUCCAGAACGACACUGCAUCUUUGAGGAGAAUCCCUUUGAUUCUACUUGACACCUAAGAGACUUGAUACCAUCUUUUUGAGUUACGCAGGAUCAUUUGAAAAGAAAUGAUACUGGAGAGUAUGAGUUCUGUGUUUGGAAUAUGUACUUUACUGGCGUUCUUUUUUUUAUUGGCAGUCUUACCAGUAUUCCCCUCUUCGAGAAGCCCCAGUAUUUCUUAUCAGUUACACUGACCAGUUAUUCAGGCAAAUAACUUUCUUUAAAUUUGGGCUAUCUGUUGUGGAGUAGUUACAAUGGAAACACAGCCUGAGUAUGUCUUGGGAGGGGUUCAUUGAAGAAAUGCAAUUAGAUUAUGGAUAUACCUGAUUAUGGAAAUACCUGAUUUUGUUAAAAUGGUAAUUUUUAAGAUUGAGUUCUGGAAGUUUGGAGCAAGUGAAGGGGAGUAAACAUUUUGAUUAAAUAUAGAAAGAACUCAUUGCAUGAAGUUGGAUUAUCAAGUUCUAUAAUGUAUGGCUUCUUAAAAUAACUAUUCUGUCUUUUUGUGUGUAUGCGGCAUGUAAAUUUGAAGUUAUAUGAAUGUUUAAGGUUUUUUCCUAAUCUCUUCAUCUCCACAGUGUUUAGGGCUGUCAGAUGCCUUAUUCCAGUGUGAACAGAAAAAAACAAACAUUUUAUGUGGUUAAUGCUUUGAUGUGUCACGUUAAGGAGUAGUUUGUAGAAAAUGUUGGCACAACUUUAACUUUUUAGUGGCUUGUGACAUUAUAUAUAUGUACAUAUAUCUUUAUAAUAUUCUUGUGUUUGGUAGUAUAAAUGUUCUGGGCAAGUUUUAAUAUUUCAAAUGCCUUUAGAUAGUCUUGCAAUAGAGGCAACACAUUCUGCAGUUGGAGUUUUUACUCGUUUGCCUAUUUUGACACUAAAAAGGGUCCAUAACUGAGCACAAAUUCUACAAUGUUACAGAAGUAAGGAAAAAUAAUAAAUAAACUUGUGAAUUGUGGUUCUGUUUACCUUAUAGAUGGUAACAUCAGCAAGUAAUUUCUUCAUCUAAUCUCUUACUGUUAUUUAAAAUUGAGUUUUUAAAAAACACCCUAAUUUUAAAAGUAUGGUGACUAUGGGUUGGAUUUGUCGUGAAUACUAAAAUCUCCAGUCUAGGAAGAACUCUGUGUUUUCUGCUAACUUAAUGACAUAAGUGUUAAGAGAACCACAGUUUAUUCACUUUUUCUCAUUCCUAACUGUGAACUUUUGUGAUAAAUACACUUGUACUACUGAGAAAAAAUAUUUUGACACUUCACUUAUGCAAGUAGAGAAUUGAUAAGUGUCAGUUUCAAAAAUGAUUUUGUAUUUAAAGUUUCUGGCUUGCAUAUCCAAUGGUGCAGAUUUUGAAAUUUGUAAGAACAAAAUUUGUUUAAAAAAAACCAAAAACUUGCUCUAGUUUUGUGACCUUGUGUACUUUUGAAAUAAAAUCAAGAAAGCAGUUUUCUGCC